GUCUCCUCUUACCCUAUCAUCUCUUAUGAAUAUAAUUAUUGAUAUAUCCGCGCGCUACUGAUGAGACUUUUUGUCCUAAUCACUUAUGAAUCUCACAAUGAGCUCACAAUGAGCGACAUAAAGCAUAUGAACUUCCAAACGGCAAAUAUUCCCAAACUCGUCGCAAGACUGGCCGCUACAGCUCCGCUCUACUCGGCCAAGUCAUACAAAGCCGAACCCUUCGACAAGGUGGGGCGUAAAGACAAAGGCAAAAAGACUGCGAAGGCCAUCAUCGAUUCAUACGCAUGGGGACGUAUCCUGAUCAUCACAGGAUACAGUGACCAGAAGCGUAUACUGGAAGAGAAGAUCGCCGAACUCCCACCACAGGAAGUACCUCCAGGUCUCAUUUCGAUCAGAACAAGCGACGACUCCCCCAGCUACGAAGCCGAAGUGGUAGUCUGCGACCUGGUCAGAACCGAGAAGGCAGGUUUCCUCGUGGAAGACGAACGACUGGUAGUCAUGACUACACGCGCCCAGCCACUCCUAUAUACAGCAGGCAAUGGUGAAGAAUUCUCGGAACAACCUUGCUUCAGACUCAUCACAUCUCUGGGCUAUUCCAUGGCUCUCACUACUCAGUCUAUGAUGACCGCAGCCAUGGUUCCCACUGCUCAGUCUGUGAAGACCACAGCUCGGUCCAUGAUUCCCGACUUUUCAGCAGCUGAGCCAGCGGCUUGGAUUUAG